UAUACCGGGGCGCGCAGGACGAUUUACAGCCGCGGGAGCUCAGCUCCAUAAACCUCUCAGUCCCGCUCACAUGAUCCAUCUUUUCUGCGAGCUGAAUUUAGGGAAGAGCGCGCGGGAGCCAGAUAAGCCCCGCCGCCCUCCCGCGUGGGGGGCACUUCCCCGCGCCCCGGCCCAGUCGGAAGCCAUGAACGACCAGUACCACCGGGCCGCCCGCGACGGCUACCUGGAGCUCCUGAAGGAGGCCACCCGCAAGGAGCUGAACGCCCCCGACGAGGAUGGCAUGACGCCCACCCUCUGGGCUGCCUACCACGGCAACCUGGAGUCCCUGCGCCUCAUCGUGAGCCGGGGAGGGGACCCGGACAAGUGUGACAUCUGGGGCAACACGCCCCUGCACCUGGCGGCCUCCAACGGCCACCUGCACUGCCUCUCCUUCCUGGUGUCCUUCGGGGCCAACAUCUGGUGCCUGGACAACGACUACCACACGCCGCUGGACAUGGCGGCCAUGAAGGGCCACAUGGAGAGCGUGCGCUACCUGGACUCCAUCGCGGCCAAGCAGAGCGGCCUCAACCCCAAGCUGGUGGGCAAGCUGAAGGACAAGGCCUUCCGCGAGGCCGAGCGGCGCGUGCGCGCGUGCGCCAAGCUGCAGCGCAAGCACCACGAGCGCAUGGAGCGGCGCUACCGGCGCGAGCUGGCCGAGCGCUCGGACACGCUCAGCUUCUCCAGCCUCACGUCCAGCACGCUGAGCCGCCGGCUGCAGCCGCUGACGCUGAGCGGCCACCCGCUGCCCUACUCGCAGGCCACGCUGCACGGCACGGCCCGCGGCAAGACCAAGAUCCAGCGCAAGCUGGAGCGGCGCAAGCAGGGCGGCGAGGGCACCUUCAAGGUCUCCGAGGACGGGCGCAAGAGCGUGCGCUCGCUCUCGGGCCUGCAGCUGGGCAGCGACGUGAUGUUCGUGCGCCAGGGCACCUACGCCAACCCCAAGGAGUGGGGCCGCUCCCCCCUCCGGGACAUCUUCCUCUCCGACGAGGACAGCGUCUCCCGUGCCACGCUGGCGGCCGAGCCGGCCCACUCGGAGGUCAGCACCGACUCCGGCCACGACUCCCUGUUUACGCGCCCGGGCCUGGGCACCAUGGUGUUCCGCCGCAACUACCUGAGCAGCGGCCUGCAGGGGCUGGGCCACGACGAGGGCCGGGGGCCGAUCGCGCGGGCUCGGCUGCAGACCUCCCCCAGCCUGGACGACGACAGCCUGGGCAGUGCCAACAGCCUGCAGGAGCGCAGCUGCGGCGCCGAGCUGCCCUGGGACGAGCUGGACCUGGGGCUGGACGAGGACCUGGAGCCCGAGACCAGCCCGCUGGACGCCUUCCUGGCCUCCCUGCACAUGGAGGACUUCGGGCCGCUCCUGCGGCAGGAGAAGAUCGACCUGGAGGCGCUCAUGCUCUGCUCCGACCUGGACCUCCGCACCAUCAGCGUCCCCCUGGGGCCGCGCAAGAAGAUCAUGGGCGCCGUGCGGCGCCGGAGGCAGGCGCUGGAGCGGCCGCCGGCCCUGGACGACACGGAGCUAUAACGUGGGGCUCCUCUCCCCAGACCAAAGUGAAUUGCAAGUUGCCACAACCCACGGCGGGACCCCCGGGGUCCUCACAGUCGCCAGCCCAGCCCCUUCCUGAGAGCCAGGCCUAUGUGGGCCCCCCCCGGAAAGCCUGCCCACCUGCCCACCCGAAGCGGCAGGAAAGGAUGAGCACCCUUGGCACCCACCCACCCCUGCCCGCGUCUCCCCCAGGUUCCCUGAGCCUCGUAGCCACCCCGUGCCAGGGGACCUCUAGGACAUGGGGGCUGGAAGUGGUCAGCCCCAGAGGCCGCUGGGACCCCCAAUGUGCUGGACUCGCAUGUGUGUGCAUGCAUGUGUACGUGUGUGCUUGAGUAAAUACCUGUAUGUACAUGUGUGUUUGCCUAUGUGUGUGCUUGAGUGCACGGGUGUGUACAAAUGUAUGUAUGGUGUGUGCACAUGUGCCCAUGUAUACUUGAGUUGGUAUGUGCUCACACACAUGUGUGUGCACAUGUGUGUGUGAGUUAGCGGGUGUGCAGUGCAUGUGUGCAUGUAUGUGUGCGCGUGUGCAAGAGGGGGAGGGAGCCCUCCGGCCCAGCUCAGGCUAGGCUCAGGCUAGGCUCGCCCACACAGCCCCGAGAAAGGAGGUUCUUGCCAGACCCUCCAGCCAAACCCCCUAACGGGCCCUCCUGGCUGCCCCCCCCCGCCGCCGUGUGCCAGGGGAGUUGGAGUGCCAGGCUGGGGGCAGGGCAGGGGGGUGUCAUUCCCAGCACGGCACGGCCCAGACUCACAGUGGCCCUGUCCCCCAGGGGCCCUCUCUGCGGCUCCUGUUUGAACCCCAGGGGCCCCGCAGGGGCAGGGCGGGAGAGGCCUGGCGGGCAGCCUCUGGGCUGGGGACCAGCGUCCCCAGGGGCUCCUAGAGCCACACAGGCAGGACCCGGGCAUGGCUGGGAGUCCUGCUGUCCCCCAGAGCCCUCCCGGCAGGCGAGGCCCGAGAUGUGGGGCAGCCCCGCGGGUGCCGGUGAAACGCGGUGAGCCCGGCCACUGCCUCCCCGAGCUGAGCCUGCCCUCAGCCUGGCCGGCCACCCCCUGUGUCCCGAGCCAGCUGGGUGUGCCGGAGACCCCUCCGCAGCCCCCUCCCCGGGCCCCACUCCCACACAGAGCAGGGCCACCUGCCACUACCCGGAGGUGCCCCGGUGCUUCCCCCUGUUCUCCAGGCCUGGGCCUGGGCCCCCCAAGUGCCGACUCCCCCUCCUCCUGGCCUCAGCCCCCUCCUGUGCGCCCCGGGGGAGGGCGGCUGGGGGGGCUCACCGUAACCUCCUUCAGCAUCAUUACAGCUUUUGUAGACAAGCUUC